AUCGAGUGCUACAAUUUUCGUUAAUUCCUCUACGGCGGCGAGCACUCUCCUAUUGUAAAUUAUUAAUUACUAUAAAUCGGACAGCGGACAGCGUAACGCCGGUACGAGAGGAUGCUUUACUUGGAAGAUUAUGUCGAAAUGAUUGAGCAUCUCCCACAAGAAUUAAGGGACCGGUUCACUGAAAUGAGAGAAAUGGAUUUAGGUGUACAAAAUUCUAUGGAUAGUUUAGAGAAAAAAGUUAAGACAUUCUUUUCAAAUGCCAAAAAAAUGAAGCCUAACGAAAAAGAAGCGGAAUACGAAGCUAUUAGAAGAGAAUAUUAUAAAACUUUAGAAGAUGCGGAUGAAAAAGUACAUUUAGCCAAUCAAAUGUAUGAUUUAGUAGACAGAUAUUUAAGAAGGUUAGAUCAAGAAUUGCACAAAUUUAAAAUGGAACUAGAGGCAGAUAAUAAGGGAAUUACAGAAAUAUUGGAAAAAAGAUCUUUGGAAUUAGAUCAACCCUCUACGAAUAGUAGUCAAAAAGAAAAUCAUUAUAGUUUCACGCCUAGUAGAUCGCGAGACAAUCAUAGCCAUUCUCGAUCAGAGAAAAGGAGAGAUUCCAAUACGUCUUCUACUUCUAUAGAGAAACGAUUAGCGAUAGAAAAAAUUCCUCCAAGUCUUCCUGAGUCCCGGCCAACAUCGACUAAUUCCGGACCAAUAAUAGCACCUACAAGCGUACCAUCAACCCCAUCCGCUAUCGUGAAUUCGGUUGGCCCUGUGAGCUAUAAUCUUGGCCAUAUAGGUGCUGGUGGUAAUGCCAUAGCGGCAGCUGCUUCUCAAGCUAUAGCUGCAACGCAACAAAUGCAACAAGGCAGGCGGACAGCCAGUUUAAAAGCUAGUUACGAGGCCAUUAAUACCGGUGGCGUUCAUGCUGCCGAAUUUAGUAGAGAAUUAGCUGGAGCAGCUCAGACUGCUAUCGCAGCUAUCCAAGAAACAACUAAAAAGCAUAAAAAGAAAGUAAAUGCUGCCAUUCCAAGCUCAAGCGUCAUCGCUGCCACGGUUCAGCAACCUGUAUCACCACCAGUUGUAACGACGACAACGACGACGACUGUCACAGACUCGGAUAAUCCAGAUUGGACGUAUGAUCCCAAUGAACCAAGAUAUUGUAUAUGCAAUCAAGUAUCCUAUGGAGAUAUGGUUGCUUGCGAUAAUUCAGACUGCCCUUUCGAAUGGUUCCACUACCCGUGUGUAGGUAUUACCGCCCCACCAAAAGGGAAGUGGUACUGUCCUCAAUGUACAUCUUCUAUGAAGAGACGAGGAGGUCGAAAAAAUUAAUUUCACUAUAAUUAGUGGAUAAACUACAAGAAUGGAUUGCUACUACUACCUCUUAGGCACUGUUUAUCGGGUACCAACUUAGUUAGGAAUCAGUUAAUUUUCAUUUUAUAUGACUUUUUAAAUGCGUUAAAAUUUAAGUCAUUACCUUAUAUUCGGGCUUGGUCUUGCAUAUUUAAGCUUUGAGUUUCUGUUUAGUUAAGCAGAAGGCCGACCAAGAAAAAGAAGUUUAGUGACACAUUUGAUCUUUCUCGCUGGACUUUUUUUUUUUACUGCGUUUUGUAGGAGAAAGGAAGAUGUCGAGUGAGGUGAUGCGAAUAGUAAUUAAAUUCUCUGUUGAA